UUAGGACUAUGCUCUAGAUAAAGAUUUAAUCAUUUUUAAUUUUAAUAUUUAUAUUUAUUUAUUCCGAGGUUGCCGAGCCAAACUAUCUAAUUAAGAGCAGAGCAGAAAGGUUGUCUCUGGAUUUAGGGAUCUGGAAAGUAGCUGAUAUGAGUGGUUUUCUUCCCCCAUUGGAUUUAUUGUUAAAUCAUCCAUGUUUGAUCACAUCGCGAGAUGAAUUUUCAAUAAUUUAUUCCGGUCCUGUUAUAGUGAAUGCGAAUAUGUAUGAAACCAAAAUUAGGGAAUAUUCAAAUAGUGAGAAGAAGAAGACACAUUUCUCAAAUAUUGAGAAUAGAUUGUCUGGAAAUCUUAAAAGCACUUGUAUUGAUACAGGGAACAUAUACUCAUGUUUGAAGCAGUUAGCGGAAGAAAUAGAAGAGAACAACCCCUCUGUGAUAAAUUACACUUCAUACUAUCGGAAAAUACUCUUGGAAUUCAAGGAGUUUCGAAAAUUCUAUAUUGACUUGAAAACAGUUGAAGUGUCUCCCAACCUUUCUUCAAUCGGAGUGUCCUUCAAUGAUCAAGGCAAUAGAGAGCAUUUUCUGAGAUUUGGUGUUGAUUACAAAGAACCUGAAAUAUUUUACUUCAAAGAAUUUGAUGUGCCUAUUAAAGGAGACAAUAUUCUGAAUAAGAAAUCAUCAAAUUUAAAGGAAUUAUAUAGUUGGUUCCUAACUUACAUUGAAGAACUUCAACCAUUUUUUGAUUUCAUGGAUAUGAUUGAUGCUAACAGUACAGUAGUGGAUAAAAAUCUUUGUCAGAAGAAAUUCAAUUAUAGAAGAAUUUUGUUAGACAGUAGUGUUUCUGUUAUCAUUACUGUAGAUCCUUGCAAUAUGAAAUGUUGUCCAAAUUUUGCAUUCAUUGGUCCAGAGGAUCUAGUUAAUCAGUAUCGAUGUAGAUUAGAAAAAAAUUUAGAAAACUGGAAUGAUCAAAAUUAUUUAUAUGAACAAAUACUCUUGGUAUUAGAAAUUGAAGAAUUUCCUAAAGGACUAAUGAAUACUUUUGAUGUUAAUGAUAACAUUUUAAAAUCGGAUAUGGAUUGUAGUAUAUGCUUUUCCUCUGAGUUGAAAGGUUUUUUACCAGAUGUAGUAUGUGAUAACAAAUCUUGUGCAAAUGUAUUCCAUAAAUUUUGUCUUUUCGAGUGGUUAUCUUCUAUCGAUUCUCGAAAAUAUUUCAAUGAUAUUCAAGGACCUUGUCCAAAUUGCGAAAAAAUAAUCUGUUGUCCAAUUUUUGUUUCAUAGCGUAAUGUAUUCAUUUUCAUAAUUAAUUAUCUGUCAAAUAAUAACUUUUUUCUGAGUAGUUCAUCUAUAAAUAUGCUUCACCACUUAAUCUCUAUUACCUACCUAUAAUGGUCCAUUCACUUUUAUAAAAGCAGGUUGGCCAUGGAAUAGUUGGCACAUAUGAAAUAUGUUAAUGUCAAAACCAAGAAGAAAUAGAGCCAUUUGUUGGAAAGGUAGAUUGAGUUAAAUGUCAAGCUAAAUUGAGAGAACUAGUAUUGUUAGCAGUUAUGUGGCACAGCAAUGUGCGAAAACAUUGUAUAAUAUUGUAUUCUAAUGAAUAGUCACAGAAAGUGUAGCAGACACUUUCAUCAAGCUACAAGAAUGACUUCUCAUUAUAAUAAUGAUAUGUGCAAAUAUUGAACAUAUCAUCUAAACUGUACCAAUGAAUCCUUUUGAAUUAUAUUCAAGCGUUUGUAACCAACGAUGAAGGGAGCAAUAAAUUUUAAUUUAAUUGUC